AUUUAGAAAACAGGUUAAGGCAGUACAGAAAUGCUAGACUAUAAAAGGAAGAAGGCAGUGACUGAGAGACAAAAGCACAAGCUGCUUCACACAGAUUGCACAAUUGCUUUGUGUGUGCUAUUGAUUGGUUUGAAGAAAAGAGACCAUAAGGUUUAAUACACUUCAGACUGAUGAAGCAAUGCUGGAUAUAACUUGAAGGAUGAAUGAAAUGAGAGACUAUGGAGGAACAAACAGCAAAGAGCGAUGUGAGAAACGGUCUGCGGAAUGAUAUUCCACGACUGCAGUCUAUGUUGGCAAAACUUAAUCUAAAACACAAACAUCCCAAAACAGACAAUGUUAAAUUAAACCCAGAUACCGCCUGUAAAAGUAUGUUUUACCAUUAUCUGGAGACUGAAGAAGGAAUACAAAAUGAAGAAGACAGGAAAGAUAGCACGGUCGGGUCUGAUGAAGAUGAGGAGCAACCAACUAGGAGUUCUGAAACAGAAGAUGGAAAUGAAGCUGUUGAAAAGGUCAAAGAGCUUCCAGAUGCGUUUCCUAAAUGGGAGAGGAAGAGUUUAUUCCCUGUCUCUUUGUCCAUAGAAACUCAGGUGGCAAAAUUAAGUCAUCAGCGAAAAGAAAGUGAGCUUUUGGAGGACAAAAAGAGCAAAGAGAUGGAAAAGCAUGUGGAUGGAGCUUCAUUAUUGCCUAACAAUCAAUCUCAAGAAACAUCUGAAGACACAUCUUACCUCUCUGUGUCCUCAGAUAAAGUGGACUCUGCACAGGUGCGGUUGAAGCAAGAACCACUAGAUGAACCUUGUUGUGGUUCUUCAAAACAGUAUGUCAGUAUGGAUACGAGCAGGGUUCUAACCCAUCAAACAGCUGUGAAUGUUACAAGCAAGACAACAAGGUCCACUUCAGAUCCAGUAACCCAGGAAUCCAGUAAAUCCUUUAAUCCAGUAAAGGAAGAGAGACCCCUCUCAGCUCCAAGUAUUUCAAACCUAUGGGAAUAUGAAAAGUAUGAAGAUUUUGCAAACGCAAUGCCAGCCGAAAGCUUCAGCAAAGCUGCUAAGAUUUUGGGACAGGUUCAUUCAGGCAUGAGCAUCGGAAAUGUGGAACAUGACAACUCGCUCACCAAAACGCAAAAGAAAGGAGUGAAAAACAAAAUGAAGAUUCUUACUAAAAAACUGAUGGAAAAGCUUAAAGAUAAAAAUUAUUGUGAGCACAAUGGCAGAGGGAGCACCCAAGACAGUAUGGAAGAAGGACAAAACCUGAAUUCCUUGGAGGUGGAAGUCGAGGCUCAAGAUAUUCCACCACCACUUCCACCGAAAAUGGGGAAAUAUGUUUUCUUAGAAAGAAGAUUUACCCUAAAAGACUUCAAACUCAAUCUUGAACCGAUCAACUUAAUGGAAGAAAUAUUCACAGGCAGCGAAUGGCUCAGUUACUUGCCCAUCAAAGAAAGUCCAAUUGAGAAAGACACUAGUGAUCAGUCACAAAUGAUCAUGACAAAUGAUGUUCUCCAACCAGAAAAGGACAUUCAGCUCGAUGUUCCUCCUCCAAUAGCAGAGCAGGACCAGUCAGAGGACAUGAAGACACGAGAGGUGGACCAGUCAGAGGACAUGAAGGUCAAUCAAGAGAACAGUGUAGCAAAAUUGAACAGUGACUUUGAUGUAAAACAAGUGGAAUUGGAUGCAAACAUAUUUGCUAUACCUAAGGCACUGCUAACAAACAAUGCAAGAAAAAAAAUUACUUGUGAGUCAAACAAAUCAGAUGACGUCAAUAACAGUGUGAAUAUGUAUAUUAUUCCCAAAAAUGACUUACCGUUAAUGAAAAGAAAGGCAUCAGAUCCGCUGGACUUAUCAACAGUCAAGUCAUUUGAGUUGCUGGACAAUUCUGCCCUUAAGAGUCGAAUUCGUCUUAGCAAAAAGAGACACCACCGACCACCUAAAAAGCAAAAAAAAAAAAAAAAAAGGUAAGAAGAAGCUGAGGAGAGUUGGUAUGAAUUUAAUGCAUGAAAGCAAUAAGCAUGAUAUUUUUUUUCACUCGUUUUCUAGUAAAAACAGAAAAGUUGAGUGGCAUAUUCUACAAGAUUCCCCAGGUAAUACUGAAUGAAUGUCCUGUCAGCGCAUCUUCAACACGUAACAGCAUUCCCUUUUCCACAUAUCCUCCUCUGCAUUUACCAUCACGUCCAUACCACUCCUGAUCAUACCACAUCUAUCCUCUGCAUUUGUCAGGUCAGUAAAGUCAUUAGUCUAUGAAACCCAAAGCAAUCUACAAACCGAGAAAGACCAUAUUACAUAAAAUCUAUUACAUCUGUUCAUGUGAUCAUUGUAUUAAUAGUGUGCCUAGUUUUAUACUUCCUUGUUAGAUUAAAAGAUACCUCGACUGUAAAGACUGGAAAAUUACUGGUGUGCAAAAGAUGGGGGACAUUACAGUGGAUAAUUCAUUUGCUAGAAAGAACUAACCUUUUUCACAUAAUUCAGUCAUUAAUGUAAUGAUUUGCUGUCAAUAUACCACUGCUGAUGAACUGUACAGCACAGUAAAUAUUUUUAUAGUCGUUAUUAUUAUGCAAUUAUGCAAAAUCCCAUGUCAUAUUAUUAUGUUAUAUCAUGUGUGUAUCUUUUGCUGUCUUUAGAUUCCACCAAUGAAUUGUAUUGAAUUGUAAAUCACCAACAUGUAUCAAAAUGUGUUUUCGCUUGAGUUCUUCCCUGAAUUCAGUUUUGUGCUUAUGAGAAUUCUAUCUAAUGAAAUAUUGUAUUCAAGUAUUAUGACUAUCCAAGCUGUUUCAACUAAUCAUUUAGUUCCACAGAAAUGUUAGCCUAUGUUCAGUAACAGACUUAAAAGUGUUAUCUGAAUUGUUAUUUUUUAGUUGGCUCAACCUUUACUGAACUAUAUUUAUAGUCCACACAGCUAAAAUGUUUUAAUUGUCAAACAUUUAGAGAACUACAGCAAGUUAUCUCAGUUAAAAUAUAACCAUUUACUCCAUGUGUUUUAUAUGAUUCAAUUGUUAAACAUGAUUAACUGGUGUUUAUCAAUCACUACCCUUGUGAAAAAGAAGUGCACCUAAGUAUACUUUUAUAAAGUGUACUUAUUGUGGAAAUAAUAUACUUUAAAAUAACACACAUAAAUGCUAAUUAAGUAUUUUAUUU